CUACAGCCAACCCAAUUCAAUGGCCGAUCUCGCAUUCUCAUUUCAUACCUUCACGUCCUUAUGACUCUUGGAUUGGUUUCCAUACAGUUGUCUUGACCGCUUCUUAGGUUUGCUGUCCAAACGCCCUUGGCUCGACAACGUCAACGGUUGGUCCACAUCGUCAUAAGUACCAAAUCUCUUAGCCUCGUCCUUCAUUUCUCCUACAUAUCAAAAAUUAUGGCUCCUCCUUCAGCAAUUGACAUCGAAGGUGUCACAGACACAGAAGCUAUUGCUAUUCCAGAUCCCUUGUCUAUCAAUGGCAUUGCUUCACAAAGAUUGAAAGCUGGCAGACUGAUCGCAGGCACUGCAGCAGGAACCAGUAGCUCCCAGUUCAAAAGCCCAACCAUUGGCAAACCAAAAGCCAAAAGAUGGGACCAUUACCUCACUGUCGAAAGUAAAUCAAGACAUCCUUCAGCCCUUAAAGGUGCCGCAGUUCACCUCAAGAAACCCGGCUUGAUCUCCCUCGGUGGAGGAAUCCCCCUCGCAGAAAACUUCCCAAUCGAAGAAAUCUCCGUCAAAGUCCCAACCGCACCCCACUUCUCCGAGAAGGAAGCCAGAGAAACAGGCACAGUCCUCACAGCCGGAAAAUAUGAUGCAUCUGAAGGAAGCAGUGUGUAUGAUCUCUCAAUUGCCCUCAAUUAUGGACAAGGAACGGGAUCUGCGCAGAUGCUACGGUUCAUAACAGAGCACACUGAAUUGGUGUGCAACCCGGCAUAUGCGGACUGGGGAUGUACUCUUACGGUUGGAAGUACAUCUUCUUUAGACAAGAGUCUCCGCACGUUCUGCGAGAGGGGCGAUGUUGUACUUGCAGAGGAAUACACAUACUCUUCAGCAGUUGAAACAGCAUCUUCUCUUGGCUUGGACUUCAUCCCUAUCAAGAUGGACUCCGAAGGUCUCCUCCCAGAACACAUGGACGAGAUACUAAACCAAUGGGACGAAAAAGCAAGAGGAGCCCGCAAACCACACGUCCUAUACACCGUCCCAACAGGCCAAAACCCCACCGGCGCAACACAGAGUGCAUCAAGAAGAAAAGCCAUCUACAGAGUAGCCCAAAAGCACGACAUCUACAUCUUCGAAGACGAACCCUACUUCUUCCUCCAAAUGCAACCCUACACCGGCCCCUCCUCCCCUUCUGUCCCCGCACCCCAGUCCAACGAAGCUUUCCUCCGCUCCCUGGCCCCAACCUACCUCAGCAUGGACGUCGACGGGCGCGUCAUGCGCAUGGACUCAUUCUCGAAAGUCAUCGCACCAGGCACACGCGUCGGUUGGAUCACAGCCUCAGAGCAGAUCAUCGAGCGGGUGAUCCGAGCCAACGAAUCAUCCGUGCAGAACCCGUCCGGAAUCUCGCAGAUCAUCCUGUUCAAAUUACUCGAUGAGCAUUGGGGCCAUGCCGGGUAUCUGCAAUGGUUGAUUAACCUACGUAUGGAGUAUACCAGCCGUCGAGACGUCCUCCUGGCUGCUUGCGAGAAAUUCCUCCCUCGAGAUCUCGUCACUUGGGAUCCUCCCGCUGCAGGAAUGUUUCUCUGGCUCAAAGUAGACCACACCAAACACCCCGCCGUAAGCACCAAACCGCUCCUCGACAUCGAAGAAGAGAUCUACCUCGCAGCCGUCGAAGAAGGCGUCCUGGUCGCGAAGGGCAGUUGGUUCAUUGCUCAACGAGGCGGGUUCGUGUCGCAGGAACUGUUUUUCCGCGCUACGUUUGCGGCGGAGAGUGAGGAGAAGAUGGCGUUUGCUAUUGAGAGGUUUGGGGUUGCUGUUAGGAAGAAUUUUGGGUUGGUGUGAGUACGAGGAGUUUGAAUGGGAAGGGGAUUUAUGGAAGGUGAUGGUAUAUGAUUUACGGAGAGGGGCGUUGAGAUUUUUUAACAGGUUGAUAUGGAUUUCUAGAAUAAUUGGAUAAAAUGUUAUUCUUUUAGUCAGGUGAGUGUAGUUACUCAAAUUUGUGAAUCAAUCACUUCUUCUUUCAUGGUUCUCCUCCUUUUUUGUAGUCAGAGAUUCAAGCGUCUGUCACUUCAUCAGAG